AUGGCCCGGCGGUGGCGGAGCGCAGGGCCCGGGCCGGGCGGAGGGCGCGGGGCAGAGGGGCGGCCCCGCCGUCCGGCCGCGCAGGGGCUCUGCAUGAUCCCGGCGCCGCCGCCGCCGCAGCCUUAUGCACCGCGCGCCCACGUCACCGCCCGCCGCGGCCAAUCCGCGCCGCCGCCGCCGCCCCCCCGCGCCCGCCGCGCCGCCGCCGGACGGGGCGUGCGAGGGAGCAAGGACGUGGGCACGGUGCGCACGAGGAGACGCGGCCGCUCGGUGGGGUCUGGCACCCCCGCGGGGUCACGGAUCCGUUCGAGCGACCCGCUGGCCGCCGCCGGCCGGAGGAGCGCCUCGCUAGGGACCGGCGACAAACGAGAUCCCGCUUCGGCGUGCGCUCCCCCACGGCAAGCGGCGGGGCCCGAGGGCGCGGGGUCUCCGCGGGGCGCGGAGUCGAGGAGAACCCCGAGGCGGGCCGCUUUUCCCGGGAGGAGCGGUGCGGCGGGGCCGGCACUGCGGCCCGGGACGCUCCGGCGGGGCCGCCCCGGUGGGGAGGGGGCGGCGGGCCCGGGGCCACCCGACAGCCGAGGGCACAGCGGAGGCGCCGGUAACUUCGCCGUGGUUCCGUUACCGGCGCUCGCAGCGCACGUCCGGGCCCGAGGAGCACCGGCCACCGCCAUGGGCCGGUCGGUACCGGGGCGGUGCGGAGGGACGAGGUUUCUCUUUCCUUCGCGCUUUGCUGCCCGUCGGGAGCCACCGCUCCGGGGAGGUGCCACCGCCUGGCCCCGGCCCCUCCCGGCCCCGGAGCCCGCCCCUCUCCCCGUCCCAGCGGGCUGA